GACAGGGAAUGUGGUGUGGCUGCGCACAGGAAAGCGGGGGACAGAGAAUUUGGAGUGGACUCUGUAGACCGCUCGGGCGCUUAACGAGGACACCUUAUUGGGUCCUUUCUCACUGCCUUCGUGAGGCGGAGGCGCUCCUUACCUUCUCCCGGCCGAGGCUGCUGAGGUGCAUCAGUCCACCAAUACAUCAUCCCCUGUGUCCUCAUUCGUAAAGGGGAAGAAGGCUCUGGAGUUUCUGCCGUUUCUUGGCAAAAAUGGCAACCAGUGAUGCUGUUCUGAAGAGACUGGAGCAGAAGGGUGCAGAAGCAGAUCAAAUUAUUGAAUAUCUUAAGCAACAAGUUGCUCUUCUUAAGGAGAAAGCAAUUUUGCAGGCAACUUUGAGAGAAGAGAAGAAACUUCGAGUUGAAAAUGCUAAAUUGAAGAAGGAAAUUGAAGGAUUGAAACAAGAGCUAAUUAAGGCAGAAAUUCAAAAUGGAGUAAAACAAAUACCAUUUCCAUCUGGUACUCCACUAAAAACUGAUUCCACAGUUUCUGAAAAUGAGAUACAGUCUAUACCAAUAACCGUAUCUUCUGGUGCUAAAGAGCAAGUAAAAGGAGGAGGAGGAGGAGAAGAAAAGAAGAUGAAAGAGAAAACUGAAAAGAAAGGAGAGAAAAAGGAGAAAAAACAGCAACCAGUAGCAGGAAGUGCUGACUCUAAGCCUGUUGAUGUUUCCCGUCUGGAUCUUCGAAUUGGUUGUAUCAUCACUGCCAGAAAACACCCUGAUGCAGAUUCUUUGUAUGUAGAAGAAGUAGAUGUUGGAGAAACAGCCCCAAGAACAGUGGUCAGUGGCCUGGUGAAUCAUGUUCCUCUUGAACAGAUGCAAAAUCGGAUGGUGGUUUUACUUUGUAACCUGAAACCUGCGAAGAUGAGGGGAGUAGUAUCUCAGGCAAUGGUGAUGUGUGCAAGCUCACCGGAGAAAGUAGAAAUCUUGGCACCUCCUAAUGGAUCUGUUCCUGGGGACAGAAUUACUUUUGAUGCUUUCCCUGGAGAGCCUGACAAGGAGCUGAAUCCUAAGAAGAAGAUUUGGGAGCAGAUCCAGCCUGAUCUUUACACUAAUGAUGUAUGCGUGGCUACAUACAAAGGCGCUCCCUUUGAGGUGAAAGGGAAGGGAGUGUGUAGGGCUCAAACUAUGGCCAACAGUGGAAUAAAAUAAAACACUUCAGUUUCUGAAAUACUUUAGAGAAAGCAAUAAAAAGAAAUACAUUUGUCACUCAUACCUAAAAUAUAACUGGCUCAUUUUUGUGGUUAUUUCUCUUCUAGAUUUGAGUAGUCUUUUACCUGGUAUGUAUUGUUUUCCAUUGGUUAGAGAAACACUACAUUUUUACCUGUAGUUUUUGAGCCUACAAGGAGCAAUUUGCCUGUGUUUCAUGAUGAUUUAUUGUUCAGUGAUUGUGUUAGCUAGCACAUUGCUUUUUUUUUUAUACAUUUAGAAAACUUCAGAUUAACAUUUAGUUUCUCAUUUGUAGGCACAUGUUGCAUGCAAUUUGAAGCCCUUGGCUUUUUAAUAUCUUUAUUAUAAAUGUCUUCUCUUUCAAAAGACAAGUUAAAAUUUCUGUCAGGCUCAUUAACUAGUCAUAUUGUAAUGGUAUUGAAAAUGACCAUCUGUUGAUUCUAAAGAGCCAAACAGCAUAAAAACUAGGAGACAUGGCAUUUGAACAUUAUUGUUAUUGCUUGCUAGAGUAACCCAGAUUUGUAUACUUACAUUGAUUUUUAAAAAUUUUAUUUUUUAAAUUUAUUUAUUUAUUUUACUUUACAACAUUGUAUUGGUUUUGCCAUACAUUGACUUGACUCCGCCACGGGUGUACAUGUAUUCCCCAUCCUGAACCCCCCUCCCACCUCCCUCCCCAUCCCAUCCCUUUGGGUCAUCCUAGUGCACCAGCCCUGAGCACCCUGUAUCAUGUAUCGAACCUGGACUGGCGAUUUGUUUCACAUAUGAUAAUUUACAUGUUUCAAUGCCAUUCUCCCAUAUCAUCCCACCCUCGCCCUCUCCCACAGAGUCCAAAAGACUGUUCAAUACAUCUGUGUCUCUCUUGCUGUCUCACAUACAGGGUUAUCGGUACCAUCUUUCUAAAUUCCAUAUAUAUGUGUUAGUAUAUUGUAUUGGUAUUUUUCUUUUUGGCUUACUUCACUCUGUAAUGAAGUAAUGGGCUCCAGUUUCAUCCACCUCAUUAGAACUGAUUCAAAUGUAUUCUUUUUAAUGGCUGAGUAAUAUUCCAUUGUGUAUAUAUACCACAGCUUUCUUAUCCAUUCAUUUGCUGAUGGACAUCUAGGUUACUUCCAUGCCCUUCAACUAUUUAGAUAGUUGAAAUAUUUAUUCUCAAUUUUUCAAGUUACAUGAAAGCAUUAUUCAAUCAAGUUAUCCACUUAACCCCAUUUAGUUGUUAUUUUUACAGAAAAGUUAAUUCUGUUUUACUUAUGUUGCUGGAAUGAGACCUCUUAGAGAAUCAAUAAAAAAUAACUCUUGUGGUCUCUGACUGAUAUUCAGUCCUUUAAGAAUUUCAACAGUAGGAAAUGGUAUUAGGUCACAGACUAAACAGCUAGUGCCUCUUGGCAUCUAUUUAUAUAUUGCAAACUAAAUCAGGAAAAACAAAAGCUGACCUUCCCGCAAGAUAAUUUCUCAUGCAGUGUUGACCCAGUAUAUCUUAUAGUGAAUAUUGACAGUACUAACUUUUUGUAUAUGUAGAAAUUCCGUGUGUAUUAUUCUUAUAAGUCAUUUUCAGGACAUGUUAAUAUAAAAUUGGAAAUUUUUUCUACCUUGCUUCUAUGAAGAGCUUUAAGUGCUCUGUGAAUACAAGAGCGCUGUGUCCACCAAGUAGAUAAUUUGUUGUUGUUUUCUAAAAAAACAUGUAAAUGAUCAUUUAUACUAUUUACAAAUAUUCAGAGUAACUCACUGAAGUUUAAUAAGCACAUUAGCAAGUUGGACUUGUAUUUAUGACUCUUAGAGAUGCUGACAGUUCUGUAGAUCUUAGUAAUAUUGGUUUUGAAACCAGAUUACCUGGUUUUGAUUCCAACUAUACAACUUAAAUGCCUGUGUGAUCUUGAACAACUGUUUAGCCUCUGUAUACCUUACUUUCCUCAUCUGUAAAAUGGGUGUAAUAAUAGUACUUACCUCAUUGAAUUGUGAGGAUGUAUAUUAUGUUACACAGAAACUAGUGUUCUCUUCUAUCCCGUUUCAUGGUAUCAGAGGUCCUGAGAGGCUGAAUUCUUGUUCAGAAGAUUACUUGGUAUAUAUGAAAUGAACAGACCUUGGUAUGUAUGAAAUGAACAGACCUUGUCUUUCAACAAAGCUGAUUGUACCUCUGUACCAGAUGUAGUAUCUCUCCCCUUACUAGAGAUAUUCUUUAUGGAAACUUUCUCGUCUCUCCCUACAUUUCCACUGAAAUCCCUGUUUUAGGUGUUUCGAUGCUGGUCAGCCCUGUUCAUUGAUGCCCUUUCACUGGUUUAAUGUAACUGAUAAAGUUUCAAAUUGUUUUGCAAUUUUCUUAAACUGGAAAUCAGUACAUCUGUUAAUAACUACUGUGUGUUAGUGUAACAUAAAUAAAAGCACUUGUCCUUUCA